AUGGAAAACGCGACCUCGUACUUUAACCUGACCAUGUUUGUCCACAUCGGGCCUUACCGCUACCCGGCCUUCGCCGUGUGCCUGGCGCUGUACGGCUUCAUCGUGUGCGCCAACCUGGUCAUCAUCCUGGUGAUCGGUCGCGAGAAGAGCCUCCAGGAGCCCAUGUACAUCUUCAUCGCCUUCCUGUCCUUCAAUUCCCUGUACGGCUCCACCGGCUUCUUCCCCCGCCUCCUCCUGGACCUGCUGUCCAACCGCCACCUGAUCUCGCGCACGGCCUGCUUCACGCAGAUCUACUUCGUCUACACGUACGCCUGCAACGAGAUGACCACGCUCAGCGUCAUGGCGUACGACCGCUACGUGGCCGUGUGCCAGCCGUUGCACUACCACACCAGGAUGACCGCCGCCAGGGCGUUGUCGCUGGCGGCGCUGGCGUGGCUGCCGCCCGCCUUCUUCCUGGCCGCGUGCAUCUACCUGUCCGCCUCGCUGCCUCUGUGCGGCAACCACAUACAGAAAGUCUUCUGCGCCAACUGGAACGUGGUCAAGUUGUCGUGCGUUCCGACCACGCUCAACAACGUGGUGGGUAUGAUGGUCACCGUCACCACCGUGUUCUGUCCCCUGUUCUUCGUGCUUUACACGUACGCCCGCAUCGUCAAAGCCUGCUGGAGACGCUCGGACGAGUUUAAAGGCAAAGUUUUCCAGAGCUGUUCGGCGCACGUGGUCACCUUCAUCAUCUUCUCCAUCACGGCCUUUUGCGACAUCGCCCUCAGCAGGUACGACCUGGAGGAGGUGAACCCCUUCGCCGCUGUCAUUUUGUCCCUGGAGUUUGUCGUUAUUCCGCCUUUUCUCAACCCUCUGGUGUACGGCUUGAAGCUGCCGGAGAUACGCAGACACAUUUCCAAACUGCUGGGGUUUAUUGAUUGA